CUCUCACUCACUUCACUCCCCUUCAAUACUCAACUCAACUACUCCCUUAAAAUAAGACCUCUAAGACAAAAGAAUAAUUUAAGCAAAUAACCUAAGGAACAAUAAUAAAAAUGUUAUUAAGGAGUUCAUCAACCCCUAUCUUAAAAUCAUGGAUUCCAUCUUACUACAACAACUCCAACUCUUCUCCUAACAACAUCAAUGAACCACAAACACCACCAUGUCUUUCUAGAACCAACUCUAUCUCCACCCGAACGCCGCCGUCUUCCCCCUCAUCUUCUCCCAACCUCAACCCCAACACUAACACUAAUGGUGGUACUUACAAUAACCAUUUUAGAAGAGGUACUAUAUGCACCCCCUAUGAGCAUGAACUCGACGACCCACCCUACCCUAAAUCAACACCGUUGCAAAGGAUGUUCUCGAGCUCACGUCUCGAUGAGGAGGUUUCGACGGAGGAUAGUGGUGGAAGCGACGGUGGUGGUGGUGGUGGUGAUGGAAUGUAUGGUGGAGAUGGGUAUGGUGGUGGUGGUGGUGGUGGGUCCGGGUUUAAUGAUAAUAGUAAUAGUAAUAGUAAUAAUAAUGAGCAUGGAAAUAUAGAAGCAUAUUAUCAAAAGAUGAUCAAGUCUAAUCCUGGAGAUCCUCUCUUACUUGGUAAUUAUGCCAAGUUCUUGAAAGAUGUACGUGGAGAUUUAGCCAAGGCAGAGGAAUAUUGUGGAAGAGCCAUUCUGGCUAACCCUAGUGACGCAAACACGCUAUCCAUGUAUGCUGAUAUCAUUUGGGAGUACCGGAGGGAUGGUGAGCUGGCGGAGAGCUAUUUUGAUCAAGCUAUUAAAGCUGCUCCGGAAAAUUGUUAUAUUCAUGCUACAUAUGCAAAAUUCCUAUGGGAUGUGGACGAAGAAGAAGUAGGAGAGGAAGAAAAACAAGACAAUCAUGUUGGCAGUCCAAUUCCAUCAUCACCAUCUUAUACGGAAGAACUACAUUAUCAGUCUCCUACAAGGGUAUGAAUUAAAUAUCAAAGGUGGUUGUUUGAUCAUGAAUUGAAGGUGUAUCAUUUUGGACUUUGGAUCGUUUGAUAUCGUCAUUUACUAGCUUUUUGUAUAUAAAUAUGUACUACGUAUAUUGUAUGUAUAAUAUGUAAAUAGAGAGAAAUUUUGAGAGUAAACAAGCAUGUUAGAGAUCCCCUAUCAAUUAGGGAUUGGAUUUACCGUCGUGGAACAUCCUAUUACAUGCUUGAAUUGGAUGUAAUAUGUGUAGUAGUGAGGAAAGAAGUAGAAUAUUAAUGCGACGUCAGAUCUUUAGUUUAUAAAAUAAAAUGUAACCAGUCAUUAAGCUUUCAAUAUUUCCAUUGUUAAUUUUUUAUUAAAA